ACACCGUGACAUGCUCGAACGUGCAGCAACGACGUCUAUGCUUAUUGACAUCUCGCCAUGCGCACAACUACACUAUUCUCGCUAUCCAUUUCUGCAGGUGCUGCCGUGGCGCAGACAGCAACAGGCGUCUGGCCACAGACUAAGACCAACCUAGGAGUAUCGUUUGGAGAUAUUAUCAUAACUCCAGGGACCUGGAUUCUUCCUAACGAUACUACAUACCCGACCGUGUAUCCCGGCUAUGCCACGGGCUCCUACCCAGGAACAUACAUGCUCAUAAUGGUGGAUUACGACGUCGCUGAUUCGGCUUUCGCUUCGCUGGACCAAUACGCAAGUCUUGUAUGCGGUCGCUUGGUCAAUACAACGACCCGUCUGCACUGGUGGGGAUGGGAUUACACACUGCAAGAUGGGAAAUUUGUCAAUUCAAGCAAUGCUUUGGCGUCGUAUCACCCUGCUCAGCCCGCAACAAGCAGAGUGCACGACUUUACGAUAUUCCUGUUUGAUCAGCCGCAUGAAUAUGCCCCAUCGCAGGAGGUGAUGGAUGGGCUGUUAGAGGAGCAUGACCCAAGGCAUAACUUUACACUAUUUCCAAUUGUCGAAGCUGUGGGUAAUCCGUUGGCCGCAACGUACUUUUGGAGUUCGACGCCCGGUGUACCAGAUAACAGCUCAGCGACGUAUUCAUAUGCCUGGGAGGAAAGCUAAGGAUAACGAUCACAAGUGAUCAUCGUCAAGCUGUUUUACUUUCUUUGUCAUUAAGCGUGCAACUGGCCAGGUGACGGAAGGAUCUACUUACAAUCCUUCAGAGUCUUCGACCCCGUUAGAACAAUGUCCAUCAAUAGAUUAGCUUGGUUGUCCAUUGACCACGUCAUUAGACUUAUUAUGGUAUCUGUGAG